AUGAAAGUGUCCUCAAAGAACAAUCUAUUGCCAGAUGACUUUGAUUUGAUGUUUUCUGACAUGGUUUUAGAAGAUGAAAUGAUAGUUGCACUUCUUAAUCCAUGUGAAAUUGUUGUCAAGGUUAAUGAAACAGACCCAUCAUUCCAAAGAAUAAUAAUAUACGAACCGUCAUUUCUUCAAAUGUUGAACUCUGUUCCAAUUUAUAGUCGUGAAAGUUCAGAGGAUUCUCCUGGUACAAGUAAGAGCUCACCACAGUUGUUUAUUUUGCAGCCACAAAGUAAGAAUAUCCAAGCUACUGUGCAGUUUCCAUUUUCUCUAGAGAUUGGAGUUAAGUUACCUAUUUUUUCGAUGGAUUGUACCAAUUAUUUAAAUGGUUUGGUGCCUUGUCGUAAGCAUAUCUUAAAAGAUAUUGGUAGUGAAUUGGCACAUCAUCUCCAAGGGUGUCUCCCUGAUGAAACCCCUUCCAUUAGAAAGAAGUUUUAUUGCCAUGUUACUGUACUUUUGAAACAGUCGUAUCCAAACUGUACUUUUGGAGAAAUCAUGGACGAGUUCGAAAGAAUGAACAUUAUAACAAAAGAAAGUGAAUUUGAUAAGCUAAUGCAAGUCGUUGAGAAAUUGUAUCCUGGUAUGCCUAUUGCAUCUGCCCUAAUUAAAUUUCACAGCAACACUACCAGAAGAGGGGUGCUAUGCCCAGUUGUUAUUGCUGGUGAUGAAGAUAUUAGUUUUUCUCCUGGGCCUCAACUCAUCUUAGGCGAAAAUGUAAGACUUGUCGACAAAGGAAAUAUUAUUGCAAUCGGACAACGCCAUAACGAUGCACUACACGUCCUUCAACUUCUGGCAUAUUAUUAUAUAAUGGACCUAUCGUACUCAAGGUCGUUUGGAGGAGUUUUAGGGCUACUGUAGAAUUAUGUCUUGCAACUUCCAUUUAGUUGUACGAAUAAGCUUUUGCUCAAAAAAUGUAAAAUCUUGUGAAAAAUGUUGCCGUGUAAGAUUGACAUUUUAUAUUGACUUCUGAACUAUGAACAACUUAUUUACUUAAA